CUGGAGACAGACUGAGGGACAGACUGGAGACAUGUUUUGUAAAUGUUUGAAAAUUAAGUCAAAAUAUAAAAAUGUAUUUUGUUUUUUUAUUUCUCCAUUUUUAGGUAAAMCAGCUGAACAAACUAAAACCCGACUCAUGGUUCUGACGGGUCCGAUUGGCUCCGUCCCUCCAGAACCACUUCUGACCCGGCUGAUUGGACGGACCCGUACCGACCUGUGCUGGGUUAGAACCAGAACCAGGAUGCUGUGAGCCAGCUGACCUCACCUGAUUGGUUGUUCUGGCUGAACAAACUGUAGAGGUCAAAGGGCAAAGUCACAUGGAGUCAAUGCACCAGAGACUGUUUGUGUGGCUGAAAUCAGCCAAUCAGAGAAGAGGACACUGACCUCCUCUUCCUCUUCCUCCUCUUCCUCCUGGUGACUCUGCAGCCUGACGAUGCUCAGCAAAGGAAGCUCCUGCUGCUGCUCCUUUGAUGACUACAAGCUGACCACCGAAUGGCUCCAGAACCAGACCCGGCACCGACCCAAAGUGGCUGUGAUCUGCGGGUCCGGACUCGGCCUGUUGGCUGAAGCCGCCACUGACAAGCAGACCUUCAGGUACCAGGACAUCCCCAACUUCCCCGUUAGCACAGGCUCCGCCCCUUUCCUCCCUGAGGCUCCGCCCCUUUCCUCCGACUUUUCAUCCUGUUGGCGGCAUCUGGCUAAUCUCACUGGGAGCUGCUAACCUCUCGCUGCGAGGCUGAAGUGGUCGGGGACUCCAGGGUUUGACUCCCUUCGUGGUUCACAGCUGUGUGGUGCGGCAAGUAAGAGAGUCAAAGGUUCCUUCUGAAGCUGAACGUUUAUUUAUAGUGCGGUAACAAAACAUACGGCCAGGAACGGGCUACAUGCCACGGACUUCCGUUUUAGCACUUCCGCAUUUUUUUGCCACAUAGAAUGGUUCCGGUUCACAGGUAACAGGAUGCUAACAGGUAACAGGAUGCUAACAGGUAACAGGAUG